GCGGACCCCUGGGGCAGGCGUUGGGCGCCGCGGGAGGUGCCCGCGGCCAGGGCGCUCUGGGCCCUGGCGCUGGCGGGCAUGCUCGCCCACGCAUGCCGCGCGCUGGCCGCCGGAGCGCUCGCCGAUUGGGCCCUGACUGCAGCCAUAGCUCCGGUGAUGCUCGCCGGAUACAUCACGCCCCGGAUCCGGUGCAUGACGCUGAUCACCGUGGGCUGCGGCGCCGCGGUGGCCGCUUCCGCGCUGGCGGGCGGCUCUCUCGACGUCGCCCUGGUGGUGCUGUGCCUGGCGUGCUUGGCGCUGCGGGUGCAGAUCGAGGCCUGCCUAUCCCGAGGAAGACGCUCUACUUGCAAGAGCUCCGCAUGUCGAGCAGGGCGUAUCACUUUUACGCCCUGCUGACGUGCAUGUUGCCGCCGCCGCUGGCGCGCCGCUAUUUCAAGCACUGCCUGGGGCUCCCCAGCGCCACAGACGCCAGGGGCAUCCGCGUGUGCAUGGGUGAGCGGGUCUCGCAGUGCGGGGUGCUCUUCCUUGCCAUCCACGACUUCGACCUGCUUGUUGCGGGGGGCUCGCAGCGUGCGAUCGUUAGGUUUCUGAACCAGUUCUUCUCCUCCCUCGACAGAGCCUGCGACGAUGCCGGCCCCGAGGUGAUGAAGGUCGGGGCCUUUGGCGAGGUGUACGUGGUCGCCUGUGGCCUCUUCCCCCGCGACAGUGACGCUGGGCCGAGGGACUUCGACGAGGGAGACGCCGAGGCGCGGCGCCUGCCCCGGCAGAUGGCGACCCUCGCCCGCCUGGCGCGCACGGCCCACGGGCUGGCGGGGCAGUUCCCGGUGCAGCUGCGCGCCGGGCUGCACUGCGGCCCCGCCGUCGCCGGCAUCGUGGGGGACCUCCUGCCGCGCUUCCAGGUCCUGGGCGACACCGUGAACCGCGCGGCGCGCCUGGAGCAGCACUGCCCCCCCGGGGCGGUGCUCCUCUCGGGAGAGGCCGCCGGCCACCUGCGCGGCGAGGGCUUCGGCGUGGAGGAGAGCCCCCCGCUGGCGGGGCGGGGCCCCCGCUCGUGCCUGUGUUCCAGCUCCAGGAUCCGAUCGCCAGGGUCGAGGCGAGUCCGCAGUCGCAGGCGCAGGGCACGCCGCGCGUGCACUUCUCGGUGGCGCCCUCGUACGCCGCGGGGUCCUGCAGCAGUCCGGGGCGGCGCCUCCUCCGCGGCAGCCGCGAGCUCCUGCGACGUCUUCGGCGAGGGGGCGGCGGACCUGCCGCCGGGCGGCGCGGGGUCCCUGGACAGCAGCCCCGCGACGGGCAGGACGCCGGGGAGCCUGGUCAUGAGCAGGUGGUCGAGCGGGAACUUCUCGCGGGCGCCCUCCCUCAAGGACAUCGGGUUCGACUCCGACGGGAGCAGCCAGGGGUCCCCAUGCAGCCGCCGGGCGGUCGCGAAGGAGAAAACGCCCACCGAGUGGAUGUCCGAGGCGGCGCAGCUCGGCAGGGGGCUCCUGGCCUUCCGGCACCCGGCCCUCGCCGAGGAGGACGAGGAGGGAGGCAACGUUGCCUUGGACGAGGAAGGGGACUUCUCGCUGCCGAUCGAGUUCUGCAGGAUGGGGAUCAUGCCCGGCGCCGAGAGGGACGGCUUCGAAGCUGCCGUGAGGCAGCUGGAGGAAACCCUGCUCCAGCCGGCGGGGCCGGGGGCGACCGGCCCGCGGGAUGAGGUGCUGCGGGCGGAGGCGGCCCGCAGCGUGGAGGCGCUGGGGUCGCCGCUGCUCUGGGCAGUCGCCUCGGUGC